AUGGCCGACCUGGCCAACCUGCUGGGCGGCUAUGGCAGCGGCAGCGAGGACGACGACGCGAGCAUGGGGGACGCAGCAGGGGCGCUCGCCAACGCCGUGGCCAGUGCCGAGGCAAGCCCCGGCGGCAGCAGAGACCCGGCCGCGGCAGCAGGCGGCGCGUCGCCAGCGGGCGCGGCGUCCGCCGAGGCGGCCGGGGGCACCCCCUUGUCAGACGCCGCCGCACCCGGCGGCCCCGCCAGCCCGGGCGCCGCGCCGCACGUCAUGGACGGCCCCACCACCAACCCCGAGCCCCCGCCCGAGGGCCUCUCCCCGCCCGCGCCCGCGGCGAGCGGCAGCAGCGGCGGCGCGCCGGGCGGCGGCGGGCUGCGGCGGGGGGACCCCCUGCUGAUGCUACCCCCAGAGUUGCGGGAGGCACCGCCGGGGCCGGUCGACCCCGUCAUACAGGAAAAGGUGGCCCUUAUCGACCAGGUGCAGCGGCAGAAGGGGGUCACCGUGAUGUCGCAGCUGUCAAAGGACCGCAGGUGGGCCAACCCCACGUUUUUGGACAAGAUGGUGGCCCACUUUGAGCUGGACCCCUAUGGCACCUGCUUCAGGCCGGAGGUGUGGGACCCCAAGGCACUGCCUGUGGAGGACACGUGGAGCAAGCUCGAGGAGGCGCUCAAGGCGGCUGCGGGGCGCAGGGCGGAGGAGGCGGCGCGGAGAGACCAGGUGCAGUUCCAAUCCAGCGGCCUCCAGCUCCCCGCCGCCCCAACCGCCGGCCUCGGCCCCAUGACCGGCCGGGCGCCCAUCGGCGCCGCUGCCGCGGCCGCCGCCGCUGCCGCAGCGGCCGCCAAGGCGGGGCCGAUGGGCGCCAAGCCGGGCGGGGGCGCGCCGCCGCGCGCGCCGAUCAGCAGCAGCGACCCCCGGGUGGUGCAGGCGCAGGCGCUGGCGCAGGCGCUGGCCGCAAAGGGCGGCGCCCCGGCGGCGUCCGGGGCGGCGAAGCGCAGCAAGUGGGACGCGUGA